AUGGAAAUCGGCAUUAUUCGCACGUUGGAACGACAACGAUCAAGGGAUGCCAAUCCACAGCCGCAGCAGCAGAACCAGAAUCAGCUUGUCCAGCAGCAGCAGCUGCAGGCCCCACGAUUCACCACGCAUCCAUCGGCAUCGGGGUCGAUUGUCAGCGAGGGCAGCACCAAGAUACUACAGUGUCAUGCGCUGGGAUACCCGCAGCCCACAUAUCGAUGGCUGAAGGACGGCGUCCCCGUGGGCGACUUCUCAUCCAGCCAGUUCUACCGAUUCCACAGCACUCGGCGCGAGGAUGCGGGCAGCUAUCAGUGCAUUGCCAGGAAUGAUGCCGGAUCCAUAUUCAGCGAGAAGAGCGACGUUGUCGUUGCCUACAUGGGCAUCUUUGAGAACACCACCGAGGGUCGACUGACUGUGAUCAGUGGUCAUCCGGCCAUAUUCGAUAUGCCAGCCAUUGAAUCUGUGCCCGUGCCAUCGGUUACGUGGCAAUCGGAGGAUGGACCCCUGAGCUAUGACAUCAAGUACGCCUUCACGCAGGCCAAUCAGUUGGUUAUCCUGAGUGCGGAUGAGAACGAUCGCAAGGGCUAUCGGGCCAAGGCGACAAAUACCCAGUUGGGCAAGGAGGAGAGCAGCCCCUAUGUCCAUCUAAAUGUCAGCGGAGAUCCGUAUAUCGAGGUGGCACCCGAGAUCAUAGUGCCACCGCAGGAUGUCAAAGUUAAAAUGGGAACCGGAGUGGUGGAAUUGCAGUGCAUUGCGAAUGCCCGACCUCUGCAUGAAUUGGAAACUAUCUGGCUGAAAGAUGGCAUUGCCGUGGAAACGGCCGGCGUGAGGCACACUCUCAGUGAUCCCUGGAAUCGAACUCUGGCCCUGCUGCAGGCGAAUAGCUCGCAUUCGGGCGAAUAUACCUGCCAGGUGCGAUUGCGCAGUGGUGGCUAUCCGGCCGUAAGUGCUUCGGCUCAUCUGCAAAUCCUCGAACCGCCUGUAUUCUUUACACCCAUGCGAGCGGAAACCUUUGGCGAAUUCGGUGGACAGGUGCAGCUAGCCUGCGAUGUGGUUGGCGAGCCGACGCCCCAGGUCAAGUGGUUCAGGAAUGCCGAAUCGGUGGAUGCACAUAUCGAAAGCGGAAGAUACACGUUGAACACGGAUAAUACGCUGGUAAUUAAGAAACUAAUCCUGGAUGAUGCCGCCAUGUUUCAGUGUUUGGCCAUCAACGAGGCGGGCGAGAAUUCGGCGAGCACCUGGCUGCGCGUGAAAACAUCGGCUCCGAUUAUGGAGUUGCCGCCCCAGAAUGUCACCGCUUUGGAUGGCAAGGACGCGACUAUUUCCUGCCGGGCCGUAGGAUCGCCCAAUCCGAAUAUAACCUGGAUAUAUAACGAGACCCAACUGGUGGAUAUAUCCAGCCGGGUGCAGAUACUCGAAUCGGGUGACCUGCUCAUCUCGAACAUCCGAUCCGUGGACGCGGGUCUGUAUAUCUGCGUGCGGGCCAACGAGGCGGGCAGCGUCAAGGGCGAGGCCUAUUUGAGUGUUUUGGUGCGGACACAAAUCAUCCAGCCGCCGGUGGACACAACGGUGCUACUUGGCCUGACGGCCACGCUGCAGUGCAAGGUGUCCAGUGAUCCCAGUGUGCCGUACAACAUCGACUGGUAUCGCGAGGGUCAGUCGGCGACGCCCAUCAGUAAUUCGCAGCGCAUUGGCGUCCAGGCGGACGGGCAGCUGGAGAUCCAGGCGGUGCGGGCCAGCGACGUGGGCAGUUAUGCCUGUGUGGUCACCUCGCCCGGGGGAAAUGAGACGCGGGCCGCUCGCCUCAGCGUCAUCGAACUGCCGUUCCCGCCGAGCAAUGUGAAGGUGGAACGACUGCCGGAGCCGCAACAGCGCAGCAUCAACGUGUCCUGGACACCGGGAUUCGAUGGCAACAGUCCAAUAUCCAAAUUUAUUAUCCAGCGACGUGAGGUCUCCGAAUUGGAAAAAUUCGUAGGUCCAGUUCCAGACCCUCUGCUCAACUGGAUCACCGAACUGAGCAAUGUCUCGGCGGAUCAACGAUGGAUCCUGCUCGAGAACCUCAAGGCCGCCACCGUCUAUCAGUUUAGGGUUAGUGCCGUAAAUCGCGUGGGCGAGGGUUCGCCAUCGGAACCCAGUAAUGUGGUCGAACUGCCCCAGGAAGCUCCUUCCGGUCCGCCGGUGGGCUUCGUUGGAUCCGCUCGCUCCAUGUCGGAGAUCAUCUCGCAGUGGCAACCGCCUCUGGAGGAGCAUCGCAACGGCCAGAUCCUUGGCUACAUACUGCGCUAUCGCCUCUUUGGCUACAACAAUGUGCCAUGGUCCUAUCAGAAUAUCACCAACGAAGCACAGCGCAACUUUCUCAUCCAGGAGCUGAUCACAUGGAAGGAUUACAUUGUACAGAUCGCCGCCUACAACAACAUGGGCGUGGGCGUUUACACCGAGGGUUCGAAGAUCAAGACCAAGGAGGGAGUACCCGAGGCACCGCCGACGAAUGUGAAAGUGGAGGCGAUCAAUUCGACGGCCGCCAGAUGCCGAUGGACACCCCCCAAUCCGCAGCAGAUAAAUGGCAUCAAUCAGGGCUACAAGAUUCAGGCAUGGCAAAGACGAUUGAUCGAUGGCGAGUGGAAGGAUAUCGAGAGACGGAUGAAGACGGUGCCGCCGAGUCUCAUCGAUCCACUGGCCGAACAGACGGCCAUUCUUGGUGGCCUGGAGAAGUUCACCGAGUACAAUAUCAGCGUGCUGUGCUUCACGGAUCCCGGCGAUGGUGUGGCCAGUAUCCAAGUGCCCGUGAUGACGCAGGAUGAUGUGCCCGACGAGAUCACCGCCUUGCAUUUCGAUGAUGUCUCCGAUCGAUCGGUGAAGGUUCUCUGGUCACCGCCACGCUAUUCAAACGGCAUUUUAACAGGCUACACGGUUCGUUACCAAGUCAAAGAUCGUCCGGAUACCCUGAAAUCAUUUAACCUGACUGCUGAUGAUACCGAAUUGACGGUGAAUCAGCUGCAGGCCACCACACACUAUUGGUUCGAGAUCUUUGCCUGGACGCGCGUGGGCAGUGGCACUCCGAAAACGGCGACCAUUCAAUCGGGCGUGGAGCCAGUCCUUCCCCACGCUCCCACCAGCUUGGCCCUGUCCAAUAUCGAGGCCUUCUCCGUGGUGCUGCAAUUUACGCCAGGUUUCGAUGGGAACUCGAGCAUUACCAAGUGGAAGGUUGAGGGUCAGACGGCAAGGAAUAUGACAUGGUUCACCAUUUGCGAGAUCAACGAUCCCGAUGCAGAGACUUUGACUGUCACGGGUCUAGUGCCAUUCACCCAAUAUCGAAUGAGAUUGAGUGCCAGCAAUGUGGUGGGCAGUUCGAAACCCUCGGAGGCUACGAAAGAUUUCCAGACCAUUCAGGCGAGGCCCAAACAUCCGCCAUUCAAUGUGACGGUGAGGGCAAUGAGUGCCCAGCAGCUGCGAGUUCGUUGGAUUCCGCUGCAACAGACCGAGUGGUAUGGCAAUCCCAGGGGCUAUAAUAUAUCCUACAAGCAGGUGGUCAAGGCACCCGGCACCGUAAAAUAUCUACCACGUUCGGUGGUCAUCGAAGAUCAUACGGCCAAUUCGCAUGUGCUCGACGGCCUGGAGGAGUGGACGCUGUACGAGGUGAAGAUGAAUGCCUGCAACGAUGUGGGCUGCUCCAAGGAGAGCGAGACGGCGGUGGAGAGGACCCGGGAAGCGGUGCCCAGCUAUGGGCCACUGGAUGUCCAGGCGAAUGCCACGACAUCGACCACAGUGGUGGUGCAAUGGGGCGAAGUGCCGCCGCAGCACAGGAAUGGCCAGAUCGAUGGGUACAAAGUUUUCUAUGCGGCGACGGAUCGGGAGCAAAAGGUGCUGCACAAGACGAUACCGAACAAUGCCACAUUUACCACAACCCUGACGGAAUUGAAGAAGUUUGUGGUCUAUCACGUUCAGGUUUUGGCCUACACGCGUUUGGGUAAUGGUGCUUUGAGUACUCCACCCAUCAGGGUUCAGACCUUUGAGGAUACCCCGGGUGUUCCGUCGAAUGUUAGCUUUCCCGAUGUCACUUUGACCAUGGCUCGCAUCAUCUGGGAUGUGCCCAUGGAUCCGAAUGGCGAGAUUCUGGCAUAUCAGGUCACCUACACCCUGAAUGGCAGUGCCAUGUUGAACUACAGUCGCGAGUUUCCGCCCUCGGAUCGAACAUUCCGGGCCACCGGUCUGCUGCCCGAGAAGUAUUACAGUUUUAGUUGCACGGCCCAGACGCGUUUGGGUUGGGGCAAGAUAGCCACGGCACUGGUGUACACCACUAAUAAUAGGGAGCGUCCGCAGGCGCCGUCAGUGCCGCAGAUAUCACGCAGUCAGAUUCAGGCGCAUCAGAUCACCUUCAGUUGGACACCGGGAAGGGAUGGCUUCGCCCCACUGCGUUACUACACCGUCGAGAUGCGCGAGAACGAGGGCAGGUGGCAGCCGCUGCCGGAGCGAGUGGAUCCGCUGCUGAGUUCGUACACAGCACUCGGAUUGAGACCCUAUAUGACGUAUCAGUUUCGCAUACAGGCCACCAACGAUCUGGGACCCUCGGCCUUUAGUCGCGAAAGUGUGGUGGUUAGAACUUUGCCAGCUGCUCCGGCCGUUGGAGUGGGAGGUUUAAAGGUGGUGCCCAUCACCACGACAUCGGUGCGAGUGCAGUGGAGUGCUCUGGAGACGGGAAUGUGGAAUGGUGAUGCGGGAACCGGUGGCUAUAGGAUUCUGUAUCAGCAACUCUCCGAUUUUCCCACCGCCCUGCAGUCGACACCCAAAACGGAUGUGCACGGGAUCAAUGAGAAUAGUGUGGUGCUAUCGGAUCUUCAGCAGGAUCGAAACUAUGAGAUUGUGGUGUUGCCGUUUAAUUCGCAGGGUCCAGGACCUGCCACGCCCCCCGCGGCGGUGUAUGUGGGCGAGGCGGUGCCGACGGGCGAACCGCGAGCCGUGGACGCAGCUCCCAUUUCCAGCACCGAAGUGCGUCUGCUGUGGAAGCCACCGAAGCAGAGCAUGCAGAAUGGCGAUAUUCUGGGCUAUAAGAUCUACUAUCUGGUCACCUAUUCACCGCAGGCACUGGAGCCUGGGCGCAAGUGGGAGGAGGAAAUCGAGGUGGUCUCGGCCACGGCCACUUCGCACAGUCUCGUCUUUCUCGACAAGUUCACCGAGUAUCGCAUCCAAUUGCUGGCCUUUAACCCAGCAGGAGAUGGCCCAAGAUCAGCCCCGAUUACUGUGAAGACGCUGCCAGGAGUGCCGAGUGCUCCGCUUCAUCUGCGCUUCUCGGACAUCACGAUGCAGAGCCUGGAGGUCACCUGGGAUCCACCGAAGUUCUUAAACGGCGAGAUUUUGGGCUACCUGGUAACCUACGAAACCACCGAGGAGAAUGAGAAAUUUAGCAAGCAGGUGAAGCAGAAGGUAUCCAAUACCACACUUCGUGUGCAGAAUCUGGAGGAGGAGGUAACCUACACUUUUACGGUGCGGGCUCAAACGUCCGUGGACUACGGACCGGGUGUGAGUGAGAAUGUGACGACGGGACCCCAAGAUGGAUCCCCCGUGGCGCCACGAGAUCUCAUCUUGACCAAGACGCUGUCCAGCGUCGAGAUGCACUGGAUCAAUGGGCCGUCGGGAAGGGGACCCAUUUUGGGUUACCUCAUAGAGGCCAAGAAGCGGGACGAUUCCCGCUGGACGAAAAUCGAGCAGACCAGGAAGGGCAUGAUGCAGGACUUUACGGUCAGCUAUCACAUCCUGAUGCCCUCGACGGCGUACACAUUCCGGGUGAUUGCAUACAAUCGCUAUGGCAUUUCGUUUCCCGUUUACUCCAAGGACUCGAUCCUGACGCCCUCGAAACUGCACCUGGAAUAUGGCUAUCUGCAGCACAAGCCGUUCUAUCGGCAAACCUGGUUUAUGGUCUCACUGGCGGCCACCUCGAUUGUGAUCAUAGUGAUGGUCAUUGCGGUGCUGUGUGUCAAGAGCAAGAGCUACAAAUAUAAGCAGGAGGCCCAGAAGACGCUGGAGGAGUCCAUGGCCAUGUCCAUUGACGAGCGACAGGAGUUGGCUUUGGAGUUGUAUCGCUCUCGUCACGGCGUUGGAACCGGCACACUGAACAGCGUGGGCACUCUGCGCAGCGGCACCUUGGGCACUCUGGGCAGGAAGUCCACCAAUCGACCGCCGCCGGGCGUCCAUCUCGGCAAGAGUCCGCCACGCCCCUCGCCCGCCUCCGUGGCCUACCACAGCGACGAGGAGAGCUUGAAGUGCUACGACGAGAAUCCGGACGACAGCAGUGUAACCGAGAAGCCCUCGGAGGUGAGCAGUUCGGAGGCAUCGCAGCAUUCGGAGAGCGAAAACGAGAGCGUGCGCAGUGAUCCGCAUUCGUUUGUGAAUCACUAUGCCAACGUCAACGACUCACUGCGGCAGUCGUGGAAGAAGACCAAACCGGUGCGGAACUACUCCAGCUACACCGACUCAGAGCCGGAGGGCAGUGCAGUGAUGAGCCUCAAUGGUGGCCAGAUUAUCGUCAAUAAUAUGGCCAGAUCGAGGGCACCACUGCCCGGCUUCUCGUCGUUCGUCUGACAAUCAACCGAGUUCUAAGAUCUAAGCACCAGUAGCAACGGCACCGUCAUCCGCGAGACCUUUGUCUAGACUUGAGGGCUUCAAAGGAGGAGGAACAAGGGAUCCGGAGAAGGAAGACGGAGCUGGGGGCUUGGCUGGGGGCGAGUCGGGACAUUGGAGAAGGACACCACACAUAUCAGACUGGUCCAGGACCUCCAGGCGGCGUCCUCAGCCCCCUCAGCUCUCCGACGAUGCGCUGCUACAGGGAUAUACGAUAUAUAUAUAUAUUAUUACAUACCAGACAUUCGGUUAUAGGUUACCCUGUAUGCAUUUAGUUUUAGUUUCUAGUUACGAGAGAUCUGAGAUUUGCGAGCA